ACCAUCCACCACCAUCCUCUGCCUUGUCGAUCAUCCAUCGACCGCCUCCUGCUCGGCUUCCCACCCCGCCUGCCUGCGUUGCACACCAGGGAGGAGCUCCUCCGACCGACCGGCCAUGAGCUACCAGGCUCCUCCUCCGGGCACCUCAGCCUACCCGCCGCCGGGCACGGCCUACCCUCCGCCAGGCCAGCCGCAGGCGUACCCGCCGCCGGCAUACGGCGCGCCGCCACCCAUGGCCGCCGGCGGGUACCCUCCCCCGCCGCAGCAGGACUCUAAGGGCGGCAACGACGGCUUCCUGAAAGGAUGCUUGGCCGCUCUCUGCUGCUGCUGCAUGCUCGACAUGUGCUUCUGAGUUCGUCGUCAGGGGCUCAGGGCACGGGGAUGGCGCGCCUAGAGUCCAGACCGAUCUCCAUCAUGCAGUCAGGCGAAAAACAAUGCAUGGAGCUGUUCUUUUUUUUUCCUUCCUUUCUGAAUCAUGACGAUGAUACAUCUUUGUUUCCGUUUCCAUCCUGUAUAUGCUUUCCCGUGCUAUGCAUGGAAACUUCACUAGCUACCCCAGCAGGGAUUAUGUUCUCUGGCGUUCAUGCGCGUGUGUUCUUGAGCUCUGAAGUCUGAAAUGAAAACAUCUGCGAUCGGAUUCGUAUUUGUA